AUGGCAGGACCACCGCCGUCAUCAGCGCUCGACUCCGCCGGUCCUGAUGCAGCAGCAGCAACAGCAGCAGCGAACAAGGACAAAAUCGUCCUCGUGACCGGCAUAAACGGGUACAUCGCCGGCCACAUCGGCCUGCAGCUCCUGCAGAAGGGGUACACGGUGCGCGGGACGUCGCGGUCGUCGACGGCGCACGCGCACCUCCUCUCGGGGGCGUUCGAGGGCUACGAGUCGCAGUACGAGCACGUCGUGGUCCCGGACAUCACGGCGGCGGGGGCGUUCGACUCGGCGGUGCGCGGCGUGCACGCCAUCAUCCACACGGCGUCGCCGGUCGACUUCUCGCUCACGACGCUCGAGGCCUUCUACGGCCCCGCGGUCGGCGGCAACCUGUCGAUCCUCGACUCGGCGCUCGCGCACGCGUCGUCGACGCUCAAGUCCUUCGUGGUCACGUCGUCGGUCGCCGCCGUCGUCGACCGGUGGAAGCAGCCGCCCGGCCACGCGUACACCGAGGCCGACUGGAACACGAGCGGCGAGGCGGUGGCGCGCGAGACCUUCUCGCCCGGCGUGGCCUACGGCGCGUCCAAGGCGGCGGCCGAGAGGGCGGUCUGGGACUGGACGUCGGCGCACAAGCCGCCGUUCGCCGUCGCCGCCAUCAACCCGUCCGUGGUGACGGGCCCGCCGGCCUCGUUCCCCAAGACGCCCGAGGCGCUCAACGAGACGCUCCUCCCCGUCUGGCGCAUCUGGAGCGGCGACAAGACGGUGCCCGCGCAGAUCGGCAGCGCGGGAUACAUCGACGUUCGCGACGUCGCCCGCCUGCACGUCUGGGCCAUGGAGCACCCCGCCCGGAGCGACGGCCAGCGCUACCUCGUCGCGAACGGCAAGGCGCCCCCGCAGGCCGCCGCGGACCUGCUGCGCGAGAGGUUCCCCGACCGCGACAUCGUCGUCGGGAACCCCGGCGAGGGGUACACCCCGGACUACGCCUUCGUCGACGGCGAGCCCAGCAUGGUCUCGACAAAGGCCCUCGACGCCCUCGGCGUCGACGGCUUCAUCUCCUACGACAGGUCCAUCUUGGACACCGUCGACGCCUUUGAGAAGCAGUGGCCCGGUCACGCGAAGAAUUUCAAGCAGUGA